AUGCAGUCAGGUUUGGGAAACAUACAGGCGUCUGUGAGAGCCCAGGAAUGUCUGCAGGAGGUUAGAGUACUGGCUGCUACUAGACAUACCAGACGUGAAGGCGUAGAGACAGCGCCUCUUCCAAAAACACGCGAUUUUCUCUCAGGUUUGCAAUCGAACUCUGGGGAUGACACCCGUCAGCUUGCAAGUGGUUCAGGAACACUGGCACCGUCCACUAUUACUUCUCCGACCCCCUUUCACGCAUCGCAGAGUAACGCGGAGAAUCUUUCGUUGGAUGGACCACUCCCUAUUGCAGUCUCAUCAACAAAUAACUUGGGCACCAUCCCUUUCCUUGGUAAUACCUCUUCCACUUCGACGAUGAUCCUCCCAACGCCUGUACUCGGGUUGUCUCCACAUGCGCUCGGUGGGAAUAGGGAAGGGCCCAUCCUGGACGCCUCAUCCCUCGCUUACUCGGAGCAUCUUCCCCAUGGUGAAUUUGCCUUCCCCAACCUCGCAUCUUCCUUCUUCGACAUCACUCCUCACUGGGGAAUGUCAACUUAUAAUAGCGAAAACUUCGACCCUACUACUGCAACGUCAUCGCACCGCGCUGCCAACGAUGAACUUCCUGCUGGACCAUCUCGCGCUCGCGACCCACCAUUGAAUAGCACGCCGGCUGAAACUCGCCUAGAAACGUGUUCGAGUUCCUCGACGAACUCGGAUGCUUAUAUUUGGCUUUCUGGUUUGGCUGGGAGUAUGGGAUAUCGUCUUGUUCCGCUUUGA